GACAAAUGAUAUUUGCCCGCCUUCACUCUUUUCGCUCGCUACUUGUUCUUUCGUCAUUUGGUCGUUUCGUUGAGUUUUCGUGCCGGUAUAUUUAAUAGCUUGAAAUAAAUUCUUUAAGCCGGAAGACAGAAUGCCGAAAGAUAAGAAGCCCAAGAAGUCUGACUCUUCCUCAGAUUCAGGUCCUGACGAUAAGGAGCCCCCGUCCAAGAAGCCCAAGAGCAACGCGUCCGUCUCGAAGAAGCAGGACGACGAGGAGCCGUCCUGGCCGCUCGAGAACAAGCGCUUCGUCAAGGUGCGCGAGUUCCGGGGCAAGGUGUUCGUGGACAUUCGGGAGUACUACGAGGCCGACGGCGAGAUGAAGCCGGGGAAGAAAGGUAUCAGUUUGUCGACGUCUCAGUGGCAAAAGUUAAAGAACAUUAUCAGUGAAGUAGACGAUGCCGUGAAAGAGAAGUGUUAACCUUUGUAAAGAAAUUUUCUCCGUGAUGUGAGGGACUGAAGAAAUUGUGAAAAUAUGUCGACGUGUUGUGUUGUGUUGUGUUGUGCUUCGGUUGUUGUGUGUGUUUGUAGACUUGUUUACUUUUAAUGAUACGUACACACAAGUAUUUCCCUGGUAAUAUACAAUUUACUAUCAUUUGGCCUGCAGAUAUAAAAGUUCAUGCCAAAAAUAUACAAUGGUAAAAUGAGUGUUUUAAAGCAAUGCCAGUUUUUCUAUUAAAAAUUUAAUUCUUCCUGUUUUAGUUCCUCAAUUUUAGAAUUUUUUAAGUUUUGUAAUUACUGUAAGUGGAAAUAAAUAAAUAUAUGCCAACAUAA